CUAGGUGGUUCACUGGGAACAGGUCUUAUCAUUGCGUCUGGCACGGCCCUCACCCGCGGUGGACCCCUCGGUCUCGUGGUAGGCUACACAUUCAUGGGCAUCGUUUGCUACUUCGUCAUGGUAGCCCUCGCCGAGAUGAGCGCAUACAUACCCCACAGAAAAGGGCUGGGUGGGUACUCGACUCGCUUCGUCGAUCCAGCCUUUGGCUUUGCUCUUGGGUGGAACUACCUCUUCAAGUACUUCUUCCAGACCGCAAACAACAUCAACGCUGCUGGUGUUGUAAUGCAGUACUGGACGUUGUCUGUUCCCAUUGAAGUAUGGAUGAUAUUCUUUGUCAACCUUCUUGGUAUUCGCUUCUUUGGAGAGCUCGAGUUCGUCUUCUCUAGCAUCAAGGUCACAGCUCUUGUCGGUCUCAUACUCAUGGGUUUUGUCAUCGAUCUCGGUGGUAAUCCCCAGCACGACCGCUACGGUUUCCGUUACUGGAGACCCCCAUACGGCCCUCUUGGGGAAUACCUGAUAAGCGAAGUACACAGUGCAACCCUAGCAAGGUUUCUCGGCUUCUGGAGCACCCUCAUUACUGCGCUAUUCUCUUACAUCGGAAUAGAGCUCAUAGGUAUCACCGCGGGGGAGGCACAGAACCCACAGAAAACGAUGCCUAGGGCUAUCAGAACCACAUUUCUCCGGAUCUUGGUCUUUUACAUCGGAGGCUCUUUCUCUAUGAGUCUAAGUGUUCCAAGUACCAAUCAAUCUCUUUUUGUGGCAAAUAGCUCGAAGGCGGGAGCAGCGGCUUCACCAUUUGUCCUAGCGGCCUCGCUCGCCGGUAUCCGUCAUCUCGACAAUAUCAUUAACGCCAUCGUCCUUAUCUUCGUGCUCAGUGCAUCAAAUUCGGACCUGUACAUUGGCUCGCGGACAUUGUACGCUCUGGCAGUAGAAAAGAAAGCCCCCGCUGUUUUCACUCGAGUCGAUAAGCGUGGCGUGCCAUGGCCCGCGCUCGUGCUCUGUACCGCAGUCUGCUUCCUCACAUUCCUAAACGCGAGCUCCUCAAGUUCCGUCGCGUUUGGCUGGUUCGCCAACUUAGUCGCAUGCCUCGGGGCGAUCACAUGGAUCUGUAUCUCAUAUACACACAUAGCAUUCAUGAGAGCGUUGAAAGCGCAGGGCGUCCCUCGUGAGAGUCUGCCAUACAAAGCGCCGCUGCAGCCAUACGGCUCGUGGUUUGCGCUGGUUUCUACGUCGAUUGUUCUUAUUUUCAACGGCUUCAGCGCCUUUUUACCCUUUGCGCUUGGCACUUUCACAACGUCCUACAUUGGGAUCCCGCUUUUUGCCUUCCUGUGGGCCGGGUACAAGAUUUUCUACCGUACCUCUCGCAUCCCGGCGAUUAGCGCGGACGUUGUCUCGGGAACCACAGCCCCAUACCGUACUCCAACCCGAGAACGCGACGCCGAACGUCCCAGACGUGUACCUUGGCGGCGGUUAUGGGAUACUCUAUAA